GCCACAUUCACUCGCCGCAGUGUCGGAGCGGCUAUCUUUUGCGAUUCGGCUGCAGUCAUCGAGAAUGUCUCUGUGCGAGUGGUACGCGGAUCGCGCGGUACUCCUCACGGGAGUCACCAGCGAAUUGGGACGUGCACUGCUGGAGAAGAUCUUACGGCACCUGCCGCACGUCACGGUAUACGUCGUUCUCAGAUCCCGAAACGGUCUCAGCAAGGAGGAUCGACUGAAGAAGAUAUUCGCAUCGCCUGGGUACGAGCGACUGAGGCAGGAGGCUCCGGACGCGAUCUCGCGCGUGAAAACGUUCGAGGGCAAUCUGCUUUGCGAGAAUCUCGACCUAAACGCCGAGGACAAAGCCUCGUUGAAGGGAAUCAGCGUGGCCUUUCAUGCCGGCGGGCCGUACGAUGCUGUCCUGGAAUAUUGUCAGGAUUUACCGGGGCUCAGGAGCGUCGCCGUGGCGUCUAAUAUUUUCAAGUUCCGCGGUAAGAUAGCCGAAACCACACAGAACGAGAAGCUCCCCGCCGAUUUACCCAUCGCUCUGGUGCGCUUCCCUCUCAUCGGACCGGCCCACAAGGAGCCCAUGCCCGGUUUCGUCGAGAUAUUCAAAGGACCAACUGCCCUCAUGGUCGGCGCAGGACACGCGUACGGCGAUUCGUCGUUGCAGGCCGAAGUCAUUCCAAUAGACAUAGCGGUAAACACGAUGAUCGCAGCCGCAUGGGAAGUCGGCAUGUCCAACGCUGCGAAACCAGUGGUCUACAAUGCGGCGACGUUGGACUGCACGUGGGAAGAGUUGAUUAAAAAGAGCAGACGGGCUAACUGGACCUUUCCCUAUCCGAGCUUCGGCAUCCGCGGAAUGACGUCCAACGCCCUGCUAUGCUGGAUUCUCGUGUUGUUCUUCGAAUGGUUACCAUCCGUACUUAGCGACAUCGCCCUAGCUCUGUGCGGCAGGAAACAGAGGUUUCUCGCGGAAUACGACAAAGUUCGUAAUGCACUUCUAUCCCUGAAGUCAAUUUCAUCGAGGUCGUGGUCAACGGAGAGGAAUCGCGUGUACUUACUACAGAAACGCCUCACGGCAAAGGAACAAGACGCAUUUCCGGUCAUCGUAGAGAUGGACAUCGAGGCUUACGUCCUCUGCGUCGCAGCCGCCACCCAGAAACACUGCGUGAACGAGGACAUUCUCACACUCACGAAGACUAUUCGUCUCUUCUUCUUAAUCGCGCCCGCAGUUCUCGUCUUCGCGUACAUCGCGUUUUUCAAUUCUCACACGCGUAAAGUUAGAUAAUAGAUAAAACUGUUGUAUAAAUAUCGUUUUGUACAGAAAAUCCCCAAGUUUUCUCUCCGCAAGAAGCCAUACCGUGGCUUUGCGACAUCUUUAUAAUGUAAACAGAUAUUUUUAAGAUUAAUAUAUAAAUUGUACAAGUAUUCGUUGCGUAUGCUACCGUGUAUAGUUUCAUUAGACUAAAUUUGCACAA